GCACCGCGUCCUCCUUCUCUGCGGUUUCCGGCGCUCGCGGUAAAUGCAGCUGCGGGAAGCAAAGUUUUCGUUUCCCUGGUUCACAGCACCGCUUCUCUCCCCUUUCCCUCGUGAGCGGGCGGGUUCCCUCCGCGCUCCCUCCGCCAGCCGCGGAGCCGCUCCCCAUCUCGCCGCCCCCGCGGAAGAGGCAGGAGGCUUUCACCGCGACGCCGGCGAUGGCUUCGGGGGUUGCGGAGGCGGCGGCAGCGCGGGCGGCGGAGCUGGAGGCAGAGCUGCGGAGCCUGGCGGAGCAGCUGAUAAAGAAUUUGUGUGGUCUCUCUGGAAACGUCUCCAAGUGUCAAGCCCAGAUCUUACUCAAGCUGUCAGCUUGGUUGUAGAGAGAGAAAAGCAGAAAGCUGAACUCAAGGACAGAAGGGUUUUAGAGAUUUUGCAAUCCAAAGACAGCAAAAUAGAAACCCUUGAACAGAGACUCACAGGACAGCAGCAGGAGAUAAACAAUUUAUUACAGAGAAAAAUUGCUGUGGAUGAGGAAAAUGCCCGUUUGAAGAAUGAAUUCAGUAACUUGAACCAGAAAUUUAAAGAUAAAAGCCAAGAACUUAAGGACACUGAGGAGAGUGCACAGAAGAAGGAAGAGCAAAACAGGCUGGUUAUAAAAAACCUGGAGGAAGAAAAUAAGGGAUUAAAUACAUGCUGUGCUGACCUGCUAAAUGACCUGGAGAAACUGAGGAAGCAGCAGGCACAAUGGAAAACACAGAAAUCUGGCAAUGAUGCCAGAAUAAAGAAUUUGGAAACUGAUUUAACAGAGGCAAGAGAACAAAUGAAGGAGUUGCACAGUAUAUGCAGUAACUUGUCAUCUCAGGUAGCUGUGAAACAGGAAGAACUCUCACAAAAGGAUUGUGAUGUGAUCAGAGCUAAGAAGGAGUUACAAGAGCUGCAGAAUCUUUACAGACAAAACAUUAAACAUACAGCACAGCAGGCUGAGCUGAUAAAGCAGCUUCAGGCUCUCAAUACUGAUACACAGAAAGUACUGAAAGACCAAGAAGAUGCUCACACAGCUGAAACAAAAUCAUAUCAAAAACUUUAUCAUGAAUUGAAUCUAUGUUUUGAAAAUGUUAAAACAAGUGAAAUUCAACUGCAGCGAAGCUGUGCCUCUCUUCAGGAUCAGUUACUUGGAAAAGAUCAAAAGAUCUGUCAGUUACAAGAGCAACUUCAACAGGCUCAUGAUGCUUUAAAUGCAGUACAUCAGAAUUCUCCAAAAUGUGAAGAACAGGCAUUUCAACAGCCUUCUUUAAGUGAGCUAGAGUGUCUUACUACAAUGCAAAAAUCUGAAAUUGAGCUUUUACAGGAAAAAAAGAAAAAAACAAGUCUUAACAUAGCAGAGCAUAAUUUGUACACUGCAGAUACUCUGAAUAGCAACAAUACAAGGACUGGAAGAAAACAUGAGAAACCACCUGUGAAACGUGCAAGGUCUCUGUCCCCAAAGAGCUCUUUUAGAGAGUCAGAGGAGCUAAGGAAGCUUAAAAUAGCUGAAAGGAAGAUUGAAAACUUAAAGAAGACACUACAGCUAAAGACUCAAGAAACUGAUGAGCUAAGAGCAGCUCAUGAAAAACACAAAGAGAGGCUGCAGAUGUUACAGACCAACUACAGAGCACUAAAAGAGCAAUUAAAGCAGUGGGAAGAGGGUGAUAGCAGGAUUGAAAGUAGCAAAAGCAGAUACCAGCAUGCAGACCACCAUCGGCUUUGUCAAGAGGAUUCUGAUGCUGUGUGGAAUGAACUGGCUUUUUUCAAAAGGGAACACAAAAAGCUGUUGAUUGAAAAACUGAAUCUUGAAGAAGAAUUGGAUCAGAUGAAAGCACACCGAUCUGUGGAGCCACUUUUUAAACUUAGUGAAGGUGAUGGGGUGAAGAACAGUACUCCAAAGAGGAAUAUGAAAGAAGUUUCACAUGAGAUGUUACAGAAGGUACAACAACUAGAAAGAAAAUUCAAAGCCAUUGAAGGGGAAUUAAAGAAACAGAAAGAAGUAAAUAAAGACUUACUGAAGGAGAAAAAUGAUUUGAAUGCAUCUUUAAAAAUGCAAAAGGAAGAUGCGGACAAAAGAGAAAGAGAGCUGGAAACACUACUUAAGAGGAUUUGUGAAAUAAAAAAAGACAAAGCAGAACUUCACUUAGUGAUUGAUGAGCAGGAAAAAGAAGCUGCCUCUUUGAAGAGGCAAGUGGCAGAAGCUAACACGCUGAGAAAUGAAAAUGAAGAUUUGCUGAGUCAAGUACAGGAGGUGAAGUGUUUGCUGGAUGAAGCCAAAGCAGUGGCAACCUGUGGGCAAUGUAAUUGCAAGAUAACAGGUACCAAGGUUAAAUUAAAAACAGCCAAGAAAAAGAGCUCUUUGGGACAUCAUGGUGCUUUUCUCAAACAGUCCAUCAAGGUUAUGAGUAAUGUAUUUGAGAACUGCGGUAAGGACGGCUGGGAGGAUAUGAGCGAAAGCAGUGACUCUGAAAUACCAACUUCUGAAAGUUUGGAAACAGUGAUUAUGAAGACAGUGCAAAACAUUGAUCCACUGCCAGAAAGAUGUAAACAACAGGGAAAAAGGCAAACAGAAGAUAGUCAGAAGCCCUGCAACAUUGUUUGUUUAGAAGGCAAAACCCAGCAGUUUAAUAAAAAGGGCCAUUCACAGAAUAAAUUACAUUCCAAGAAGAGAAGGAUCUGCUGUCCCAUAACAUCUUAUCCAUCAGUUCUAAGCAAAGUGAACAGAACAAAAAGGAGAAAUAUCAUUGUCCAGAAACCAGGCUACUCUGUUACUCUACUGCAGGAAAGAAUUAAGUCAUUGCAGCAGCAGAUAGCUGUUUUACAGAAUGAAAAAAAGAAAGCAGUGUCUUCUGUGAAGGGAUUUAAAGAAACCAAUGAAAAACUAACAAGUCAGCUGCAUCUGGCUGAUCAGAGACUUCAAACUAGUAAACUGACCAUAGAGGUGUUGACCUCCAACCUGGCCAAGUGGCAACAAGAGAAAGACGAUUUAGAAGGAAAAUUGAAGUUGAGAGAACAUCUGUCUCAAACUGCUGGCAAGGGUGAAGCCACACCAGCUCCUUCAAAGGAUAUUGAUUUAGAGAUGAAACAGCUGCAGUGCAAACUAAAGUAUUCGAAUAAUGAAAUCACUAAGCAAUCAGCUACCAUUAAGUCACUAAGAAAUGAAGUCCGGGAAAAAGAAGAACGGAUUCGGGAACUACAGGCAAAGAUUUUUCAUUUGGAGAGGGACCUUAGUAUUAAAAGACAUUUGAUAGAAGACUUAAGGUCUCGUCUAAAAGCAAAUGAAGAAAAUAAGAAAACCUCUAAUGAAACAUUAGAACGUCUUGAGAGAAAGGUGAAGGCACUGGCUGAAGACUGUUCGAACAAAAAAACUUCCAUUGACUCACUGAAGCAAAGACUCAGUGUAGCCACAAGGGAGAAGUCUCAGUAUGAGCAGAUGUAUCACAAGGCUAAAGAUGAAUUGGAGAAAAAGGAUCUCAAGCUUACCAAUCUUGAGAGCAAAAUGCUUGAGACUGAAUGUGCCAUGACUGAACUUGAGACAACUGCAUCUCAACAGCUACAUAGCUUGGCUAAACAGAGUGGGCAGGCUUUGGAAACUGUACAGAAGAAGCUGCUGCUCACUAGUGACAAAGUAGAAGAGUUUAUGACAUUUGUGAAGGCUCUAACCAGAGAGUUACAGCACAGCAUAGAGGAGCUAAGAACAAAAAUCAAACAGGCAAAAAAAAAGGGAGAAGUGAGAGCAUGCAAAAAGAGUCUUUCCCAAGAGUCUGUUCAGUUGGCAGCAUCUAUCCUUAAUGUUUCAACAGCUGAUCUUGAGGAGAUAUUAGAAGUAGAAGAUGAUGAGGAAAUGGCAAAGACAAAAAUGGAAUUUGAAAAAGAUAAAGAAUGGCUGCAGUAUAUACAGAAACUUCUUGAAGCACAGUUUCCUUUUGCCUCAUACUUAAUGGAUGCCAUACUGGAAAAAUUAAAUGAGAAGAAGAAACUGGUAGAAGAGUACAGUUCUCUCAUGAAACACACCGAAUGAUGUUGCUAAGACCUAUCUUUGCAAAGUGUGACUAAAAUGUGUGCUGUUUCCUCAUGUCUUUUCACAUAAAGAACUGUCAAUAUGCGUGUUCAGUACAUAAGUAGAGACUGUGAACUAAUUAAUCAUUGUACAACAGGAAUUAGUUACAUUCCUAUUUAGAAAGGAGUGUGGUGUUUGAUUCCUGAAGACAACAAUUGCUGCAAAUCAAUGCAAGGUUAAAAAUAAUUUUCCUUUAAAUGCAUUAGCAGUGAACACUAGGCAGGCUUUGUAGAGAGCAGAUGUUUUUGAUAUGACCAAUGCACACAUUGUACAGUUCAGAAAGUACAAAAAGCAGCUAUGCAACUCUUGGUUUUACUGGUCAGAACAGUAGAAGUGGGAUUUACAAAGGUACUGGGAAUAUCGUUGGGAUUUUGAAUACCUAAUUUAUUUUACAUUCCCAACUUUAUGGUAUAUGCUACAUAAAAUGAUAUGCUUUCUUUAUGCUGGAAAAAAUGGGAAAAUGAAUGUAGAAAAAAGUGUUCAAUGGAGAGUAAUACUCCCAGGAAAAGCUGUAUUUUCUUCUGAGUUGGAGUGUAUUGUGUACAAAUGUAUUUAGUUGUAUUUAAAAAAUUCAAUACAACGAAGUUAUUUCCAGCAUGGGGUUUUUUAUUAGUAGUUCCCAUUCUUUCUCGGCUAAUAUCCCGCCGCAAGCCCUCACUUUGCUUGGAAAAAUAGUACAGUCUUAGUCAGUUGUUUCCACCAACAUUUCUCUGGCAGUACUAACAAAUUAUUGUUGCUUCUUCACAUCUUUGAUCUUCAGAGUUUGUAUUCCUCUAGAUGAACCCACCUGAAAAAACAAAAGACUCAGGUUUCUGAACUCAUGUGGUGAUAACAUUUAGCUCUUACAUAUGGCUCUUCAUCUACAGUUUUCAAGUUGUUUUACAACAAUAUCAUUAUCAUUAUUCAUAUUGGGUGGGGAAUGAGAACUAAGAUCUAUUUGGCCUAAGGUCACUUGAUACAGAAAACAGAAAAGUUUUCUGCAUGUCAGCCCAGUGCUUUCCCUGGAAUGUCACUGUACUUCUUUUAAUUUAUGGAGUACACUAUUUGGUGUCUCUAAGAAAAGGACGAGGAAGGGAAGAUAUCACUAAACUUCUGCUCAGUUACACCUGGUGACAGCAGGGGCUUAAGAGAAUUUUUACUGGAGUUACUGAAAGUUAUGUGAAUAUAUUCCACCUGCACCUGUAAAUUAAGACCUGCAACUAGCCCUAUAUAAAAAAAAGAAACACAUCUUUAGGAAUGGUUGGCCAACACCUUCUCCAGAGUAAGAAAUAAGGGACGUCAUAUGAAACUAUCAGGUGACAUGUCCAAAGCAAGCAGAAGGAAGCCACUCCUGUGCAAAGGGAGCAGUGGAACUACUUGCCUCAGGGUUUUACUGAAGCUAAAAAUUUACAUGGGGUCCAACACCAAUAAAAUUAUGCCAGUAAAAAUUACAGAAGAUAAAUCCAUCAAAAUACAUGGAAACCAUGUUCGCAUGAUUUUCAGUCAUUCCAGCAAAAUGUAUUUGAAAAUAAUUUCAAUAUAAUGUCCAUUGCUGGGCACUGGAAAGAACUUUAUGAGUCCAAAGCUCUGUGAAGAUUAGCCCUUUUGUCUUAGUGAAAGUGCAGGGAACAUCAGCUAUUUCACAUGGAAAUCAAAGAACUUUUGGAGACAAUUUCCCGAGCUAGUACCUCAAAACAUCUUGCUUUACUGGCUCUGCAAAUUUCUGUAUCUCCUGGGCACCUGAGUAUGGACAGAGCUCUUUUCUUGGACCAAGAGUAAACGAAAGCAAUGAGUGCUUCAGAACCAAAUUAUUAUCUACUUCAUCUGAAGAGAGAGAGUGAGAAAAACAAACUCCUUAAACCCAGGUGGAGCCAGAAUUAUCACCCAUUUUAUCAAGGAAUGGAAAAUACAGUGUUAUUUAUUUGCAGCUGCUUCUCUUGUGCAUCAUGUCACAAAAGACACAAAAACGCUCUACAAAGAAAAUUAUUUCUCCAUAAAUCUCUGUGGCCUAUGCCUUAAGGGUAAGAUUCAUUUUUUACCUUCUUUUGAAAACUAGGGUCAACAAGCCCAAUAAGCUUACUUGGCCAAAACAUCGUAUUGGGACUUCACCAAAACAAGUUCUGCAGGAUGUACCUCAGUAGAGAUACAUCUCUUCCCUUCAUCAAAGUCUUCUGCAAUUGUCUGCCACUUCUCUGAUGAGAGUUUAACUCCUUCAAAUAAAUGUUUGCUUGAUAAUGAGUGAGCCUGUAUAGCUGCUGUCAGCACUUGUGCUCCAUGGAAGAGGCAGAUGAUGGCUUACUUUGGGAAAGCAAGGGAGUCACUGACAGCAGCAGCUCAGCACCUUGAUCAAGCGAGAAAACAUCUGGCUAUGUGGGGACUGCACAUACCCUUCCAAUGAAGGAAAAAGCUUCCUCACUUGAUCCAGCAAAAGGUCUUUAGAAAAGAGCACUUGGAGGACCUUUGACCUACUUGUCACAGGCAACAGAUCAGCUUCAUGUAGGGGAAUUUCCAACAAAUUAAUUUAUUGGCAGUUAACAAGCUUUUAAUUACUGAUUCCGAUACUGAGAAAACAAAUAAAUAAAGAAGGGCUUAGGGCAAUCCCAGACCUGGUCCCGCACAGGUUGCCUGCAGCCACCACCAGCACCUUCCAGCUGUGCCCAGCGCACUCAUAAAUGGAUGUUCUGUCCCACCUGCCUGCUUGUUAACCUGGAAGCCUUACCACUAGACAAACUUUAAGGAAAGAUCUGAAGUUUAUACUGAGGAAGCAUGUGGUUAAGUACUUGAUUAAAUGUUGGAAACAAAAUUAUACAGAUUUGCAGAUUCUGCAUUAUUUUAGCUACCUUAGGUCUGCAUGGCAUUGCAUACCCAGCUGCUGCUUCAGGAUUUUGAAUGGGUUACAGUCUUUGGCCUCCUCUAGCAAGUAGUCCUCAAAGAGCUGCUCUGGAGGUAUGGUUGCUUUCUUAGGCUGCAGGUCUUAAUGCUUGCUCAUCCAGUAGCAGAGUGAAAUGAAUUCUCCAAAUAAAUCAUGGCUGCUAUAGUGCUGCUUUUUCAGUUUCUAAAUUUAGAAUUAGAAAAUACAGUCCAUUUCUACCAUUCCUGCUAUUCUGCUCAGAGAAGCUGGUGCACAUGAACUUUGUGAGCCAGCAAAAAUGCAAAAUGAACAGUUGCCAGGUCUGUUGCCUCAGUCCCUCAAGAGCUUGCUUCUGGCUGGUGCUUUCUCUCUAAUGGAAACGUAUGGAGAAAUGCAGAAGAAAUUUCUCACUACAUUUUAGUUGCUACACCAACUUGUUCCUUCUGAUGUAGAGAGGAUUAACCUAAACAGUGUAUUUUAAGAAAUGGUUUUUAAAAUCCUACUCCCAGCACUAAUAUCUUGUUACUUUGGCCCCUCUGAAAUGUAAAAAGAAAACAUUUUGAAAAUAGGAGCACACAGACUAAUGGACGCCUCCCCUCAGAUUCUGGUGUGUUCGGUGUUUCUUCCACAGCAUUUAUCACUUUCUUGGGUCAGUGAUGGGUUGUUUAUCUUACAGAUCAUCUUCCAGCCUCCAAGAGCAUCAAGCUGGGGUACCAAGGCUCAGAUUAUAAUUUACUGUCUCAGUUGUGCAGUGAAAAUGCAUGAUCAGCCCACUUAGAUCUAGACUCAGCGUAUACCCUGGGAGCUUGGUGUCUCCCUCGCUGUGCCUCGGGUGCCUUCGCUAUGGGAGAGAUGGGGCCUGGGCAUCCGUGAAAUGGCUCAAGCUGUGGCUUUUAAACUCCAGCUCAAACACCUGCCUAUAGACAAUGCAGUAGCACCUGCUGCAGCAAGACAUAGGUAGUGUAGGUACCAGUGUAUACCAGACAUACCAGUGUAGGUAGCAGUUGUGACACCAGCUUUUAAAGACCAUGAGAUGCCAGUCAUCUUCUACUUAAGAAAUUCAGCAGUAAGUAAGUUUAUCUUUUCCUCUCUGUACAUGGUACUGAACAGGGUAUUUUGAGUCACCAAGGAAAAUGUUUCCAGGGGAAGAAUACAUGCAUUGUCAGGUACCACUUUGUCCCUGUAAAAGCCUCUGGGGUGACUGGGCUGGGAUGGGAGGGUGAUUAUACCUUAAGAUAAAACCAAUGUGUCUGCUGAAUGCCUCAUUACUCUCCUAAAAUUUUCAGGCCUACUGUGACAAAGAUUUUCUUUUUUCUUACAUUUUAAAUGGUGGUAGGUAGAGUUGCCUGCAUUUUUGAAAGAGAUUUUUAGCACAGUUUUUUUAGGGUGAAAAUGGAACCUAAGUAUCCUAAUAAGAAAAGGAGGGGGGGAAAAACCAAAACCAUAAAUUAGAUAUUACGAUGAAGAAAUAAAAAAACUGUCACUACUUCCCAGGUGCUCCUGAAAUUAUAGCACUGCUAGUCUUUCUGCAAACUUUGCUGGAAAGAUUGCCAAAUAUCUUUGAAGAUGUUUCUUAAUCUUUUAAAGGUAUUUUAAAGGUAUUUCCGUUCAACUUUUCUAAUUUGUUAUAAAUGAAAAUGGAAACAUCAGUCAACAUUUUUCAGUGAAAAAAUUCUCAUCUAGUUGAGAUAUUUUUGUAAUACUGGUAGUCUGAAGAAACAUUUUUACCUUUGUCAUAAAGGUUGAAAUCUGGCUCUGCAAUUAACGCAUUUGGUUUUACUGCUUAUUUAAUCAUUACUCCACCAGUGGAAGACGAGAGAGCUUCUGAAACAAUCUUUCUUACUGUAAAAAUAUUAAAAGUACUUAUCUUGAUUAUGUUUUAUAAAUAUUUUUAAAAUCCUUUUUCACUGGAACAAGGCUCAGAUUACACAUGCAUGUUAAAAAUUUAGUGAAGAACUCAUUCUGUUUUGGGAAGAAUUAUCAGCUUGACACUUUCAAGAUUAUAUUGCCAACAAAGCUAAACAUAAAAGAUAUUAAAGGCAGUGCUGUUUUGAACUAACUAUACCUACUAACACCCAGAAAAUUCACUUAAUCUGUUCUUCUAUUAAGGUAGUCAUUGUAUAUCCUGGUGCUUCCUGAUUCGGUCUCUAGAUGGCAAACUUUAACAAAAAAUGGGUUCAGUGCUGGCCUCUAAGGGCAGCCAGUGGGGGUUACCCAGUGCAGCCUUGAUAGGACCAUUCAUUCCUGCAAGCCCUGAAAUACUGUGUCAGACAGACCUGUCACUUGGGCAGCAAUAGCUGAUAUCUCAACAUGUGAAAUAUAUUUGCUAUUUACAGCCAUUAUGUACAGUGUCACAAGGGUGAGUCCCUAAAAUAUAACUUAUAUAUGUAUACACACACACGUGUGUGUGUGUAUGCGCAGAAGGAUGUCUAUAUACAUAUAUAAAUAUGAAAGCUUCAAAGUUGUUUAAAUGUUCUAACCCUUUCAAAAAUCUGCAUUAUGUACCCAAAAAUGUCAAAAUUAAAGACAAAGCAUCUGUCAGUA